AUGCGACGCCAUCCACAGAGCGCCCUCGCCCUUUGGCGCUCUCAAUUAUCCCCAUCUGUCUCUCGCCCGAUCUCUCUUCGGUUUCAAAGCUCCCAUGACGCCCCUCGACACCUAGACCGGACUCCAAGACGCCAGUGGCAGACACGUGAAGGCCAAAAACAUCUGCUCGAAGUCGACUCCCUAGGGAAACCAGGCGAGAUCGUGGUGGUAUCUGAUUUGCCUCGUGAGAAUGCUAGAAAUAGACAGAAGAAGCGGAAUGAUGCGGCCGAGGAUGCAGAGCAGAUGACACUGAGCUCGAUGUUGGAUGCCCUCGAUGAAGAGGCGUCGGACCUGACGGCCAGUGCGGUCGAUCAUGCUUUUGAAACAUUUCGUGGAACACUUCGGCCCAAUGAUACGUUGACUCCCGUUGAAUGGGAACAUCUGCGAUCAAAGCUUGUGUCGUCGUUCACCUACACCCAACUAUCCGACUACAUCGCUGAGUUCCGAAGCAAGUUAUCCGGUACCGAUGAAAACACGGGCAAAUGGAGGCCAGGGACAUCUAUGUUCUUACACACAAUUCCUGAGGGUACAAGGGACAACAUCACCAGUCGCGUUGCGACUUCGCAGGAUCUGAAGGGGAAGUCUCUUAUGGCAGAGCAGAUUCUACGAAACUGCUGGCAACUAUCGAUUGUGAAUGAAGUCGGUCAGCUGGAUCUUCGGCUGCCAUCGGUGUCCACUGUGCUGCUUUUAAAUGCAGAGCACUUCUCGUUUGACGAAGUGGCCAGCCUUCACGGAUCAAGCAUUGACAUCACGAGCUCCCUGGGCCUCGUCAGAAUCACCGGAAAGAAGUACGCUUGUGAAUCCAUUUGCGAAGUCAUUCUUGACGCCACCACCAGAAUUCGUGAUCAAGAUAUCGAUAUCGAGGUCGAUAAAGUGACCUCGGCUCGGGUUUUCGGUUCGGAAUUCCUUGAAUGGGUGGGGAAGACCUAUGGAGUUGCCUUUAAUAAAGGGUCGUCUCGCGUGCCGGAUAAGAUCCUCUACCUUGCGGAGAACAAGCGCGGCGCCGACGAGGCUUGGAGGACGCUCAAUUUGGCCAUCAAUGAAAACAAGCCUGUUCAGCUUCCUUUCUCCUCCUAUCUGCCGGCGUCCGAACAGGCCAGUGUCUACCAUAUAAACCCCGGGGAAAACGCCUCCUGGUUCAACAGACAGUUGUCAUGGUUCCGCUGGGCUAUGUCUAGUACUCAAAGUGCGGAGGCAGCACCGUCCAGUCCAAUUUUUGAUUCCCACCAGACCAGACUCUCGAAUGCGUUGUUGAAGCUACUUCGCACUAGUCUUCCCACCAAUGCUGAAUCUCCAACGAGCUCACAUGUGCAUGAAUCCGUGACCGCUGCCGCUGGGAGAUGUCUUUUUGCUCGAAAAGCCUCAUUCGAGGAAAGUGUCCUGACUGCCCCGCAGCUGGGUGCGCUUUCCCUUCCUCGAACUUUCACAACAGAAAUUCCUCGAAUUGCGCCUUUCCUCGAGUCACUUCCUCUUCGGUCGAAAGAAGCGGCUCGGAAAUACGACAUUCGCUUGACACCGUCUGCUCGCUUUGUGGAUAUCGUGCCCCAACUUGACGUCGAGAUCAUCGUCACCCUUGCAGACACGACCGGAGCAGAGGACAUAAUCGAGGUGCAAAGUGUGAAAUCAGUCUUUAGCACCAACAGCGUCGACUAUCUUUUACCGGAGAAUGGCUUGGACUUGCGCUUUACCCGCACAGUCGGCCGUAAGGUCUCGAGUGAGACCCUGACGGGGUCAUCGCAUUACGAACCCCUUGUGCAAAGCAUCAAUGAAUCUUUACAGGGCGUGUUUGUUUCUGGAAACUCCUCACUUGGGUCCGUACCUCUGCCUCCGUUCUGUCAGAUUUCAGUCCCCAGUGAUCUUCAGUCGUUGGGUGACCCGAUCUCGAACGACCACAUCAUUGCUGAGUACCUGCUACCCCCACUGAACGACAUCAAGGGUGCAAUGACUCAGUUGUAUGGCUUUGAUGGCAGGCCAUUGUCCUACCGUUUCUACGAGAGCGGGCCGUUCCUUGCUGCUCGAACCACGGAGCUAUUCUUGAAUAUGGAGCUUCCGGACGCCACCUUGAGGCUUGAACCUAAUCUGUCCCAAGAAUCUGUCGAAGAUGACUUCCAUGCAUUCUACAAUGCUGCAUGCAAAAUGGCGUUUAAAAUUCACAAAGCAAAAUUCGAGACCUCGGAUGCUCUCUAG